CAAACACUGCUCACAGUGGGAGAGUUAAUGGUUUAUGCUAUACAAAUGAUGGACUUCAUCUGUUGACUGUUGGUACAGAUGAGCGGAUGCGACUCUGGGAUAGCUGCACUGGAGAAAACACAUUAGUGAAUUAUGGGAGAGUUUAUAAUGACAGCAAAAAAGGACUCAAAUUCGCUGUCUCUAGUGGCUGUAAUCCAGAGUUUGUCUUUGUACCAUAUGAUAAUGCCAUUGCUGUUUAUACAGUUCUCACAGGAGAACUGGUAAAUAUGCUUAAAGGACAUUAUAGUGGUAUUAACUGCUGUGUAUUUCAACAUAAUUUUCAGGAACUUUAUAGUUGUGGCAGAGAUCACAAUAUCCUUUCGUGGAUACCAGCUUUUCAAGAUGCAGACCUUGAUGACACUUCUGAAAGGCUUUUAAAUCCAACAUAUGAAGAUACAUGGAGCAGCAGUGAUGAUGAAGAAUGA